UUAAUGAAUAUUUUAAUUUUUAUUUUCUAGAAAUAUUUUUCAGGUUCUUAUUUGAAAUUAUUUAAUAAAAGAAGACAUGGAAGAUUGGCCAAGUGCACGAGUCUCUCAAGGCGGAAUAUUUGCUCCGAGGGCGAAUAAGUACAGCACUGAAACCCACAAUUUUCUAAAAGUUUUAAUGGAAGAGCAAAAAUUAUCUAUGCUGCAACGUAAACAAGUAAAUCGUUGUCUUCGAGAAGGAACCAGUUUACCACAGAGAUUUGCAAAGGAACAACAACCUCAGGAAGAAAGAAUAUCUAUGGACCCUUGUCCUCUGAUGAGUCAGGUGUUGAGAUCACCAAGACUUAGGACACAAUCUGUAAUUCGAAACUCGGGAGCUUAUGAUGUGCCUAAAAUGCCUUUUCGUCCACUGGUUGAUCGAGAAAAGGCAAAAGAACACCUUCAAAACAUUAUGGUGGGAUACGACCAAGGAAGUUAUGCAAACUAUUUGAGAGGAAAUAAAGGGACUCGGAAAAAUAUUCAGAAGGCUCCAAAACAAGAGACUCCUGAUAGAGUGGACGAAUUAAUGGAGGAGAUUCAAGAGCGGAUUACUUGGUUAAAAGACAUGACCGAGCUUGGCAAAGGAAAGCAACAUACAGAAGUCAUACGUCAACAAGUAGCUGAAAAAAUGAGACAAAUCAAAGCAUUAAAAGAAAUACCUGCAGAUACCACGAAGAACAAAGAUGACUGCACAAAUGCAGAAUAA